UAGUCGUCGAAUUGCGUGUGAACUGCGCGGUGCGGCGGACGUCACCGAGUAUUGCCGAAGCCACGAAUUGCGAGACGGAAAGAGCUGUUCCUGCUGAAGUGGCUGAAGUUGCAGCCGUUGUCAGCGAUUCGCCGUCCAGCCGUCGGUGUCGAUCGUUCCGGGAAAGUGCCGUUGUUCAGUGAUUCACGCUGCUUGAUGUUCGCACGGCCAACCACGCGAUAAACCAACUGCGCACAUAUUUCGAAAACGCCUUUGGACGGAGUGACGAGGCGACGUGGAAGCAUGAAGGAGAUCCUGAUCGCGCUCGGCGCGAUUCUGGCUGUUGCAGCCGGAGUGGUCAUAACUGCUGAACCGAAAGAUGGUCUUUUAGGUGUAGAUGAAUGUACGUGGGGUCCGAGUUACUGGUGCGAGAACCUAAAGACAGCUAAGGGAUGCAAUGCUGUCAAGAAUUGUAUUCAUAAAUACUGGGAGCAGAUGGAAGUUCCAGAGGAUAAUGAUAGUGUAUGCGGAAUUUGUAAAGAUAUGGUGAAACAGGCGCGAGAUCAAUUGGAAAGUAAUCAGACUCAACAAGACCUGAAAGAUGUCUUUGAGGGAAGCUGCAAACUGAUUCACAUUGAACCAAUUGUUGAUGAAUGUAUCAAUAUUGUGGAUCAAUUUAUCCCCGAGCUUGUGGAGACAUUGGCAUCUCAAAUGAAUCCAUCUGUCGUUUGCUCUGUCGCAGGACUCUGUAACAAUGCUCAUAUUGAUAAAUUGCUUGCACAGUAUCCAACUCCAAUUAAGAAGGCCGAAACAAAGUCAGUUUUAUUAAAGAAUGAUGAACUCGAGCCUGACGAGUGCACUAAAUGCUACACAAUAGCAAAGUAUAUGGAAAACAAAUUACAUCGAACUCCGCAGAACACGAUGCUCCUACAAUUUUUGAAUAUUUGUGGUCAACUUAGUUCUUUCUCAGAUUCCUGUUCGGCCAUUAUUAUGACUCAUUUUGAUACCAUUUAUAACCAUCUACAGAAUAAUUUCAAUGCUGAUAACAUAUGUCACUUGUCGGGACAGUGCAGCGGCAAAUAUCAUAAGCAUGAAAAUAGUACAGACGUGGUUCCAAACGUAGAGAUAACACCACUGUCAAGUGUAGGCAUGGUAGAAGUCGAAGAUGAUCUCCCGUGUAAGUUGUGUGAGCAACUUGUUGGUCAUUUGAAAGAUCUUCUAGUUGCAAACACAACGGAGUUAGAAUUUAAAGAAGUUCUCUUGGGCCUUUGUAAACAAACUAAAUCUUUCGCCGACGAGUGUAAAGCCAUAGUUGAUGAGUAUUACUCGCAAAUUUAUGAAUAUCUUACAAACGGCUUGGAUAGCAAUGUCGUCUGUCAAAUUUCUGGAAUUUGCCCUAGUCCUGGCAAAGCGAUACAAGGACCUAUUUGGCCUUUGGUCCCAGUAGACGUAGCAAAAGUAGGAUUGGGCAUAAUGAAGCAGGAACAACCUCAAAAAGAUGAGGUUGAAGUAGCUAUUGGCAAAGAACAUCCAAAAUCAGAAGCUGACGAGAUGCAGUUGCCGCUUGAAAGAUUAAUGCCUUUUCCUUUACUGCAAGCCGAAAGUCUUAAUGGACCGAAAGCGUGUACAUUGUGCGAAUAUUUGUUGCAUUAUAUUCAAGACACUAUGACAAAUCCAGUAACAGAGGAGAAAGUGAAAGGACUUCUUGAAAGAGUGUGUAAAAAGAUACCUUCUUCCAUUGAAGGCGAAUGUCAAGAAUUCAUAAAUACUUAUGGGGAUGCAAUCGUGGCCAUAAUUGUCCAGGAAAUAGAUCCAUCGCAGGUUUGUCCCAUGCUACGUAUUUGCCCAUCAGAGGAAUUAUUGAACAUGAUGGAAAAAAUUCCUAAGCAGUUCACCAUUACAAGUGAACAAGAUAAGCCAAGUUGUCCAUUGUGUUUGCUUGCAGUAACGCAGAUUUAUAACGUUAUCAAAGACAACAAAACUGAGGCUAACAUUAUAGCAGAAUUGAAUAAAUUAUGUAGUCAUUUGCCACGUAGUUUGACCGAUCAAUGUACGGAUUUUGUCAAGUCGUAUAGUAGAGAACUUGUAGAGAUGCUACUUGCAGACUUGACUCCUCAGGAAGUAUGCGCCUUACUUCAUUUGUGUGAUCCAACCAAAGAUGUUGGUCCAAAACCUGUCAACAUUGCUGCGAAGGAUGGAGAGAUAUUAACCAAUGAGAUACCUGAGUAUCCGUUACGUAUACUUCAGCCCACGAACUUUUUAGACGAUGGUGUGUGUAUAAUUUGCGAAUUUGCAAUGCAAUAUAUUGAUAAAGCGAUUGGUAAUCAAAAGACACGGGAUAAGAUCGAAAAGGCAGUGCAUGGUGUAUGCAAUCAUUUACCAAAAACAGUUGCAAAGGAAUGCAAUAGUUUUGUCGAUGAGUAUGCUGACGCUCUGAUAAGUAUCCUCUCAGAAGAUGUCACUCCUAAAGAGGCCUGUACCGUGCUAGGUCUUUGCAAAGUGAGCAUGAUACAGAUUCAAGAAUCCGUAUCUGAAUGUGCCUUAUGUCGAGCAAUUAUAUCGCAUAUCGACAAGCUGUUAGGUAAUGAUUCAAAGGUGGACGCUGAUAUCGAGGCAGUUGUUAAGAAGGUGUGCAAGUAUUUACCAGCAGAUAGACGAGACAAGUGCGACAAGAUGGUGGAAAUUUACGGGCCGAGCAUAAUAAAUAUGCUGAAAGAUCAAGUGGAUAGCAGUAAGAUGUGCAGCAAAAUGGCUCUGUGCUCUUCCAGUGAUUACUUUGCGAUGUCAUUUAAGAAUCCACGUAUAUCGCGAUCAAUUGUUUCCGAGGGGACAACUGCUUCGCAGGACACCAGGUUCAGCGACAAGGAGAAGAAGCUUCUAAAGCAAAUGAAGUUUGGAGACUCAUUGACACAAAAAGUGGAUAUGAGCAAAGUGAAACUUGAUGUGCUUAAGCCAUGGAUAACGACGAAGAUCACGCAGAUUCUGGGAAUGGAAGACGACGUGGUGGUAGAGUUUGUGUAUAAUCAACUUGACGAGAAGAGACCGUUGGUGGGGCCCAACCCUUUUGUCCAAAUGGCAUUCGGAUGUGCUCCUCUCUACAUCCGAUUGGCCGCCUUUCUAUCAGCCGUCAACCCUAAUGUCAGCUGUGGCAGUUGGUAUCUCAACAACACCUUAGAACCGCCGCAAAUCUUCAGCUUCAGCAGUUACGUCGCCGCUGCCACCGCUGUCGCCGCCACUGCCGCCAUCUUCGUGGCUACUGCACGUCGUCGACGUCAACAUCGCGACACGUCGCCGGCAUCUCCAGGUGAUACUCUCAUCACGUCACGCGUCCUGUCUCGCGUCCUUUUCCGGAGCCUGCCGAUGUCUACGAGUCUCCUGCGACGGAUCUGCGUCACUUCUGUUCUUGUAACUGCCUCAACCGAGGUAGUUUGUCAUCGCGAGCCGUGGGACUUCGAAAGCUUUGCAGCUUUCGCUCACCCAGGGUGCUUCAACUUCGCGAUGGCAUCGUUUUUCCCGAUCAUCUCAUCCCAAGGUGGCGUCCGCGUGCCAAUACGAUCCUCGGAACUUUCAUCUGCCGCAAGCUACGAUUCUCCGUUGGAACCACCAAUGUCGAGCUCCAAGAGCAUGGUCGAGCGCCAACCUGACGCUUACUUACCACCAAAACUCAGUUCGCGAAGGACUUCGAUAUUCUUCCGGACGUACUGUCGGUCACGCGUCGGCAUGAUUGAGGCGAAAACGGCGCCCGGAGGUAUCCCUACACAUGAGGAAGAGCAAGAGAAGCUUCAAGCAUCGUUGGCGGAGAAAGAGAAAGAAAAGGAGCGUGAAAAGGAAAAGGAUGACGCUGAUAGUAAAGUGAAGAAGGAAGAGAAAGAUAGAGGCUCAUCGAAGGAACGUAGAAGAGAUCGAAGUAGGGAUCGUGAUAGAGACAGGAGCAAAAGGAGUAGAUCGCGGGAUCGACACAGAGAUCGCGAUCGAUCGAGUCGUAAGAGAAGAUCUGUUUCGAGGUCGCCGAGUAAAAAUUCGAAAGAUAACGGAAAAGAUAUGCUCGAGGUUAAGGUCGAACGAGAAGAUUCGCCGCAACCGGACAAUGCUAUACCUCUGAUGCCAGUUAAAACCAAGCCGGAAGCCGCAGUAGCAAUAUCAAGAUUGCAAGCCAAGUUGAUGAGCAUUGCUGAUGGAAAGAAGAAGAACAAUCGCACACCGUCACCAGAAUCGUUGGAAAAAUCAGCAAGGAAAUCGCGAUCUGGAUCGCCGUUGUUUGAACCGAGUCGUUCGAAGAAAUCUAAAUCGAAGUCACCUAGUCGGGAUUCGAAGACACGUCGAUCACGAUCGCCUGUUUCGAAGUCGAGACGAUCUCGUUCCAAGUCGAGAUCUAGGAGAUCUCGAUCUAAAUCCCGGAGAUCGAAGUCGCGCUCGCAGGACCGUACCAAGUCCAAGCGGAGCAAAUCCAAAUCGCCGAGAUCACGAUCACGAUCGCGAUCCAAGAAGUCUCGAUCUAAGAGCGAGGACAGAAGCAAGUCGAGAAAAUCGAGGUCCGACUCGAGCGACUCGAGAUCCUCCAAGUCCCGCUCGAAGUCUCCGGAGAAACAGAAGGACACUGGAGAGUCCAAUAGAAAACGCGACGGUAGUACUAGCAGCAGCUCUGAAUCCGAGGAGAAAGAUGCGAAGGAUAAGAACGACUUCGAGAUACGAAAGAAGAAGGAUGGCGUGCAAGCUAAAAGAUCCUACAGGAAAACCAACAAAGAUGAUAGUGGCAGUGAUAGCGACUCUAGUCGGGAGAGAAAAUCCGCUCCUAAGCGAAGAAGUCCUUCGCCGCGUAAGGAUAGGGGUCGAUCUAAAGACAGAGACAGAAACAGAUCACGAGAUAGAUCACGAGACCGAUCGCAAGAUAGAUCGCGAGAUAGAUCACGUGAAAGAUCACGAGAUAGAAACCGAAGGAGAUCAUUGGACCGGGAUCGCGAUAGGAGGCGGGAGCGAGAACGCGAAAGGGAGAGGGAAAGGGAGAGAUUGGACCGAUACAGCGGCAGCCGCAGCAUGCGACCACCUUCGGUGCGCAGACCGCCUAAUAGGCGCAGCAGUCCACCACGCAGAAGUCCGGCGAGAUAUCGUCGUAGGUCACCGAGCCCCGAGGACAGACGUCGCAGGAGAUCGCUGGAUCGUCGAAGACGGUCAUCGGAGAGACGUGACAGGCGCCGUUCGCCCGAUCGACGUGGAAGCCGACGUCGUUCGCCGGACGGACGGGAUCGAUCGAGCAGGUACGAUAGAUCUUCCUCACGCGACAGAUCGAGUAGGCGGGAUCGCUCCAGAGAACGACGGGAUAAGGAUCGUCGAUCUAGAUCUAAGGAUCGUAGAUCGAGAUCUAAGGAUCAGAGAUCAUCGGUGGAUCGUUCGAGAGACGGGAAGCGGUCUCCCGACCGUGCCAAGGGUACCAAGGAUAAGGCAAAGGACAGGAAAGUGGAUGAGAAAACUAAAAGACCGCCUGAUACAGGAUCGCGAAAAGAAUUACGAAAUGGCCGGUCUAAGUCGAGUAGCUCGGAAAGUAGCGAGAGUAGUUCCUCUAGCAAUGAGGACGAAUCACUUAGAAAAUCAAUCGAGCGCAAAACGCCGCAGGAGAAGCGAGAAAGAGAACGUGAACAUACGGAUGAUGCCAAGAAGAAAGAGAAAGAGAAAGAGAAAACGGUGAAAGAAGAACUUGCUAAGCGACCGGAGAAAGAAAUUAAGAAGAUAGAACCUGUUGCUGCGAAAAAGCCCGAGCCCAGUGUUUCCCCCAAGAAACUUCAAGCUACUUCACUACCUGUUACCAGACAUAGAUUCUCGAAGAGUUUGUCGCGUACACCCUCGCCGUUCAAGAAGACCGAAGACAUCGUGGCAAUAGCCAAAAUUAAAAUGACAAUUAAAGAAGACACUAAGGACGAAUCACCAAUGAAAGUUGUAGAUAUUAAUUUUACUGCUGCAGACGCUUUCCCUCUAAAGAAAGAUGAAAAGUCUUUGAAAACAACGAAAUUAGUAACAGAAGACAAAAAGUCUACUCAAAAGCCGUUGGAACCUCCAUCGAAGAAACCUGUAGAAAUGGCUAAAAAGACAAAGAGAGAAAAACGUGAUGGUUCUACAGAUAGUGAAGAUAGCGAUGGUGAAGGCAAAAGAAAAGUGAAAAAGAUAGAAAAAUCGAAGAAGUCAAAGAAAGCUUCGACGGAUGAAGAUAAAUCUGAUAAGAGCAAAGCUGGAUCGAGCUCAGACUCUGAGGAUGACAGAAAGCAUUCAGAUAAAAACAAAAAAGCUAGAGAUACUAGCCGAACCGAUUCAGUGGAUGAUCGUAAUAAAGAUAGAAAGGAUAGUAGGAAACGCGAGGUUGCUGAGAAUGAUUCGCGAAAGCGUUCAAGAAAGGAAAUAGAGGAAGAAUUGAAAAAAUCAAAAAGAUCACGAAAGGACUCUUCUUCGGGUGAAGAAGAGCAGAAAUCUAAAAGAAGUAGAAAUGAAGAUGAUAGAUCAAGAUCUCGGAAAUCAAAGAAAGACUCUAGUUCUGACGAAGAACCUAAAAAAGUGAAAAAGAGGAGGGAGACAUCAUCAGAUGAUGAAAAGUCUAAGUCGCGAAAGUCCAGAAAAGAUUCGACAAGUGAAGACGAAACUAAAUCAAAAUCAAAGAAAUCUAAACGAGAUUCCAGCUCAGAAGAUGAUGAACUUGGAGAUAAAGAUUCGAAGAAGAAAAAGAAAGUUGACGACAGUUCGGAUGACGAAAAGGUGAAAAAGAAGCGUAAGAAAAAGGCAAAAACCAGUACCAGCGAAUCGGAGGAAAGCGAAGUCGAAGAGAAGAAGAAAAAGAAGGAGAAGAAACACAAGAAGCACAAGAAGCAUAAGAAGCACAGAAAGCACAAGAAGAAGAAGGUUGCGGAUUCAGAUGAAUCUGAUGUAAGUGAAGGUAAUACGGAAGAACUGGAAAAGAAACUUCGGGAAAAGGCAUUAAAGUCUAUGAAAAAGGGACAUAGCAUUGAACGAAGUGAUUGAGACUAACGUGUGAUCUCCUUGAGAAUGUGUAAUGCGUGUAUCUAUCACAUAGCGAUAACAUUUUAAUUGUAUUAUGAAUAGAAUAACUUUCGUUUCUUAUCAA